CUUGUUGAUAUCGAUUUUCGUUAAACGUCAAGUCAAACUGUUUGUAUGUGAAAGAUGGCGUCAAAGGAAUCUCUGGAUAACUAGCGACGACCAACCCCGCUCCGUUGAGGGACAGAGGCGAGACCGAAGGCGGCUUGUUCCUUUUUAUCCGCCUUUUACAUAGAGACUAAAGAAAAUGGGCGAGCAUGGCCGUACCGACUCGUACCGCGUCGCCACCAUCGGACCCAUUAAGGACGAUAAUAGGACCGCUGACGGACAGUACAAGACACGCCGAAAACCCCCCGCGAAAAAACGGAAAGCAGGAGACUUAGAUGAUCUCAAACAGGAGUUGGACAUCGAUUUCCAUAAAGUAACACCCGAAGAACUUUACCAAAGAUUUCAAACACAUCCCGAAAACGGCCUUAGUCAUGCAAAAGCGAAAGAAAACCUCGAAAGGGACGGUCCAAACGCACUCACGCCGCCAAAACAAACGCCUGAAUGGGUGAAGUUUUGUAAAAACCUGUUCGGUGGAUUCGCGUUAUUACUUUGGAUUGGUGCUAUACUAUGCUUUAUUGCCUAUGGAAUUCAGGCGAGUACUGUUGAAGAGCCAGCGGACGACAAUCUUUAUCUGGGCAUCGUGUUAGCGGCCGUGGUGAUCGUGACAGGCAUAUUCUCGUACUACCAGGAGAGCAAGUCCUCGAAGAUCAUGGAGUCGUUCAAAAACAUGGUGCCACAGUUCGCGACCGUCAUUCGAGAGGGGGAGAAACUGACUCUGCGCGCUGAGGACUUGGUGCUUGGUGAUAUUGUUGAGGUGAAAUUCGGCGACCGUAUCCCGGCCGACAUUCGUAUCAUCGAGGCGCGCGGCUUCAAAGUGGACAACUCCAGCUUGACCGGCGAGUCGGAACCCCAAUCACGAGGCUCGGACUUCACCAACGAGAACCCACUGGAAACUAAGAACCUGGCCUUUUUCUCCACCAACGCUGUCGAGGGCACCGCCAAGGGAAUCGUCAUUUGCUGCGGAGAUAAUACGGUAAUGGGCCGUAUCGCCGGUCUCGCUUCUGGCCUGGACACUGGAGAGACUCCCAUCGCGAAGGAGAUCCACCAUUUCAUCCACCUGAUCACGGGCGUGGCCGUCUUCCUCGGAGUAACCUUCUUCGUCAUCGCCUUCAUUCUCGGCUACCAUUGGCUGGACGCUGUUAUUUUCCUUAUUGGUAUCAUCGUCGCCAACGUGCCCGAAGGCUUGCUGGCCACCGUCACCGUCUGCCUGACCCUGACUGCCAAACGGAUGGCCUCCAAGAACUGCCUGGUUAAGAAUCUAGAAGCCGUCGAGACUCUGGGCUCCACUUCCACUAUCUGCUCGGACAAGACCGGAACGCUGACUCAGAACAGGAUGACAGUGGCUCACAUGUGGUUCGACAAUCAAAUCAUCGAGGCUGACACCACUGAGGACCAGUCCGGAGUACAGUAUGACCGCACCAGCCCCGGAUUCAAGGCGCUCGCCAAAAUCGCUACUCUCUGCAACCGCGCCGAGUUCAAAGGCGGCCAGGACGGCGUGCCCAUACUGAAGAAGGAAGUUGCCGGCGACGCUUCCGAAGCAGCCCUACUUAAAUGCAUGGAGUUGGCCCUCGGUGACGUGCUGUCGAUCAGAAAGAGGAAUAAGAAAGCGUGCGAGAUUCCGUUCAACUCGACGAACAAGUACCAGGUCUCGAUUCAUGAGAGCGACGACCCUAGCGACCCGCGACACUUGCUCGUGAUGAAGGGAGCCCCGGAGAGGAUCUUGGAACGGUGCAGCACCAUCUUCAUCGGUGGAAAGGAGAAGGUUUUGGACGAAGAAAUGAAGGAAGCUUUCAACAACGCAUACCUCGAACUCGGCGGUCUCGGAGAGCGAGUGCUCGGUUUCUGCGACCUCCAGCUGCCUUCGGACAAGUACCCCAUCGGCUACAAGUUCAACACCGACGACCCCAACUUCCCCCUGGACAACUUGAGAUUCGUGGGCCUCAUGAGCAUGAUCGACCCUCCCAGAGCGGCUGUACCCGAUGCUGUGGCUAAAUGCAGAUCUGCUGGUAUCAAGGUCAUCAUGGUGACCGGCGAUCACCCGAUCACAGCGAAGGCCAUUGCCAAAUCCGUCGGCAUCAUCUCCGAAGGGAACGAGACUGUUGAAGAUAUCGCUGCUCGUCUUAACAUUCCGGUGUCCGAAGUGAACCCACGUGAGGCCAAAGCGGCAGUCGUGCACGGAACUGAGCUCAGGGAACUCAACUCUGACCAAUUGGAUGAGAUCCUCAAAUACCACACGGAAAUCGUAUUCGCCCGCACGUCCCCGCAACAGAAGCUGAUCAUCGUGGAAGGUUGUCAACGCCUGGGCGCCAUCGUGGCUGUCACCGGAGACGGUGUCAACGACUCUCCCGCUCUGAAGAAGGCUGAUAUUGGAGUUGCCAUGGGUAUCGCUGGCUCUGAUGUGUCCAAGCAGGCUGCCGACAUGAUCCUCCUCGACGACAACUUCGCUUCCAUCGUGACUGGCGUAGAGGAAGGCCGGCUGAUCUUCGACAACCUGAAGAAGUCCAUCGCCUACACCCUCACGUCGAACAUUCCAGAAAUAUCCCCCUUCCUCGCCUUCAUCCUGUGCGAUAUCCCGCUACCCCUCGGCACUGUCACUAUCCUGUGUAUCGAUCUUGGAACUGACAUGGUGCCCGCCAUUUCCCUGGCCUACGAGGAGGCCGAAUCUGACAUAAUGAAGCGACAGCCGCGUAAUCCUUUCACUGAUAAACUAGUUAACGAGAGGCUGAUCUCGAUGGCCUACGGGCAAAUCGGUAUGAUACAAGCCGCCGCCGGCUUCUUCGUCUACUUCGUGAUCAUGGCUGAGAACGGAUUCCUCCCGCUGAAACUCUUCGGUAUCAGGAAGCAAUGGGACUCCAAGGCCAUUAACGAUUUGACCGACUCCUACGGACAGGAAUGGACCUACCGCGACCGCAAAGCCCUCGAGUACACCUGCCACACCGCUUUCUUCGUCUCCAUCGUGGUCGUCCAAUGGGCCGAUCUGAUCAUCUGCAAGACCCGUCGCAACUCCAUCGUGCAUCAGGGCAUGCGCAACUGGGCGCUCAACUUCGGCAUCGUCUUCGAGACCGCCCUGGCCGCGUUCCUGUCUUACACUCCUGGCAUGGACAAGGGGCUCAGGAUGUACCCACUCAAGUUCGUGUGGUGGCUGCCCGCCAUUCCGUUCAUGCUGUCGAUCUUCAUCUACGACGAGAUCCGGCGCUUCUACCUGCGCCGCAACCCGGGCGGCUGGCUCGAACAAGAGACUUACUACUAAACACCGACCACUGUCCGCCAUCGUGCAUCACUUAGUUACUGCAUACAUAUACUUCAUUUGUGUUCUCAAUCUGAGGAGCGCAUCGCCCCUAGCCUGUACCUGAUAAGCGACACCCGAGCUUGUGUGCGAGCUCGAUGGCAAAAUACACGAUUCAAACGCGCCAUCUGCGUUCGAAUCGCCGUUUCUUAUUUUGUUUGAUUGGUGGCUAAUUCGGCGGUAUCGUCACGCCACGUUCCAGUGGUCAAUCCGGCAGAAUAAAGUGCAGGCUGUUAUUUAUAAAACGCUUAUGAAUUAUUUUAAUCAAUCGGUCAUGAUUUGACUAUACUAUGUGUUCUUUGAACAGUCUCGUACUUUGCCGCGCUCGGAUUGGCCACGCAAUUGGGAAACUAGACGUUCGAUUCCGGCACGCGUGAGUGAUCCGAUGGAGUGGUGAUCUGGGGGCGAUGCGUUCCCGCGUACCGACUGACAGUUUGCGGUGCCGUUCCGGUAUAUGUGUAAUCGCUGUCGUGUAGCUUCUCACUGCUUGUUACCGCAUCGCUCCGCCAGGGGCACUGUGUAUGUACCUGUCGAGUGUUAUGAUAUGACGUUGGUUGCGCGCGAGUGACGUCACCACGGCGGGCACGCCCCGCCCGCGCAAACUUCACUAUUAUUCUUUUUAUAAACUAUGUAUGUAUAUAUGCACAGUGGAGAAUGAAGUUUGAUAUUUGUGAUGAAAAAAUAUUAUACACAUAUUAUUUUUAAUGAAUCAUGUUAUUUUUAUAUUGAAUCGUUUGAAAUGUAAUUUGAGUAUGAAGUGGCGAGUUCGGAAGCAGCUCGGGCGCGCCCGCCGGAGCCGGGCUCGGGCUAACAUAGAAUAACUAAUGUAAUGAAUUGUUUUUCACAUACUUAUGUAAUAAGUAAUAAUGAUCGUGUAGCGUAGACCCCGGCCACACGACCCGCCGUGCUCCAGCUCGGCGGCCAACGAAAAGCAUUUGUUGUAAAAUUAACAGUUAAGAAGCCAUUAUUAUUAUUAUAAUUUAAGUGAAUUAGAUUAAGUUGAAUUUUUCGAGUGAAUAAAGUUUAGUUGAGAAUCGGAUCGGGUGCAUGGCGUAUGAGAGGUCGAUGUGGAGUGCCUGAGUUUUAGCGUACUACUGCUUACUGUUAGGUAGGUAGUUGAAAUUUCGAUGCCGUAUUUUCAAUCGUAAAAGUAGAUAAAUAAAGCAUACACAGUCGCGUUUGCUUGUCGGUGCGGCCCGUGCCGGACUUCGAACAGCACUGCCGUGACUACGUUUGUAUCGGUCUCCCCCGACCAGACGCUUUUCUUUUAUAAAAUAAUCAGAUUAUUAGCGAAUUUCGUCAAAUUUAUUAAAUAGUCUGCUCAUGGUAAUUAUGUAAGAUUUUAUUUCUUAAUUAAAAGAUAAUAACAAAACGUAGGGAUGCGUAAUUAGAAAUUUUUAAAAUUAUACAGUUAUGAUAGAGUCAUCUUGUUUUAGUCGCCACUUGGCUCUUCUACUAGAGUGUAGGCGGUGGACGGGCAGAGAACAAGAAGUGUGGGGAAGAGGCGAGUGGACGGGGCCGGAUGGCCCGAGCCGGAUAGAAGGACCAAGUGGAGAGAUUCAUUUCAAUUUUUCGUAACGAAUACAUAUAACAUAUAAUAAUGGUUACAAAAGUAAAAUAUAACAUUAUAGUGACUAAUAAAUCUAAAUUAUAUGAAAUGUUUAUAGAUUUAAAUGAAGUUCGUUUCUUUAGGGUGACCUUCUGUGCUUGUUUGAUGAGAACGAUGUACAUCUCACUGACAAUAGUCGUUGAUGAUAUUAUUGUAAUGAUCUGAUCUUUGUAAGCGGUUUGUUUUUAUGUACACUGUAGAACUAACAUUGUUUUGCGUUGGACAGUUCUUUACACCGAUUCAUUUUAUAGUAUUACUCUGUUGGCUAGGAGCGCUGUAAAAAUGUAAGUGUUAAUAAAAAAAACAUUUUCAAAAUAUUA